AUGCCACCACGUAUCAAGGAGAGCGACUCUGGUGUGCCCACCUACUGGGGCCAGUCCGGUAGGAUGUUGCAGGUUCUUAUCACCAUCGUUGCUGUUACCGACUUUCUUCUCUUCGGUUACGAUCAGGGUGUCAUGAGUGGUAUCAUCUCUGCGCCCGCUUUCAAACAUGCCUUCCCCGAAGUCGAUGGCAACUCUACGUACGAGGGCUUCGUCGUCUCCAUCUACGCUGUUGGCUGUUUCCUCGGUGCCUGCUUCAUCUUCAUCUUCGGUGACAAGCUCGGACGCCGUAAGAGUAUAUUCCUCGGUGCCACAGUCAUGAUUGUGGGUGUUAUUAUCCAAGUCGCGACUGUACCUCCGUCGGGUGGUGCUACAGCCCAGUUCAUCGUCGGACGAUGCCUGACUGGUAUUGGCAACGGCAUCAACACCUCGACUAUCCCCACUUACCAGGCUGAGUGCUGCAAGGCCAAGAAUCGCGGUAAAGUCAUUUGUAUCGAAGGUUCCAUGGUUGCUAUUGGUACGCUUAUCGCCUACUGGAUCGACUACGGCUGCCUCUACGGCCCCGAUGACUUCACCUGGAGGUUCCCCAUUGCUUUCCAGUGUAUUUUCGCCAUCAUCGUCAUCAUCAUGAUGAUCUCACUACCUGAAUCUCCUCGUUGGCUGCUCAACCAUCACCACGAGGACGAAGCUGCUACCGUGCUGGCUGGUUUGAACGGAGUUCCCCGUGAUGACCCCGAGGUCCUCAUCCAGAUGCAGAUUAUCCGUGACGCCGUCAACGCCUCAGGUGGUGGUGGAAAGGUCCCCACAAAGGCUCUUUUGACAAACGGAAAGUCUCAGCAUCUUCGCCGUGCUAUCCUCGGUGCUUCCUCGCAGUUCAUGCAACAACUAUCUGGGUGCAACGCUGUCAUCUACUACUUCCCUAUUCUUUGCCAACAGGUCUUGGGUACCGGCCAUAACCUCGCCCUUCUUUUGGGUGGUAUCAACAUGGUUGUCUACGCCAUCUUUGCCUGCACCUCUUGGUUCCUCAUUGAGCGCGUCGGUCGCCGCAAGCUCUACAUCAUCGGUACUUUCGGUCAGAUGUUCUCUAUGAUUUUGACCUUUGCCUGCUUGAUUCCUGGAGGCACUGGACCUGCCAAGGGUGCCGCUGUUGGUCUCUUCACCUACAUUGCCUUCUUCGGAGCUACCUGGCUUCCUCUCCCCUGGCUGUACCCAGCUGAGAUCAACCCUCUCAAGACCCGCCAGAAGGCCAACGCAUUCUCCACCAUCAACAACUGGCUGUGGAACUUCUUCAUUGUCAUGAUCACUCCCGUUCUUAUCGACAGCAUCAGCUGGGGUACCUACCUCCUUUUCGCCGUCCUGAACGCUUGCUUCAUUCCUGUCAUCUACAUCUUCUACCCCGAGACAUCUGGUCGCUCGCUUGAGGAGAUUGACCUGAUCUUCGCCAAGGGAUACACUGAGAAGAUUAGCUACGUUACCGCCGCUAAGCAACUGCCUCCCAUGAACGAGGAAGAGAUCGCCGAGGCUGUACGACAAUACGACAUCUCUGACAGCGAUGUUGAGAACCGUUCAACAGGAGCAUCAAUGAAGGAGAAGCGUCACCAAGAAGAGAAGCUGAUGCCCCAGGCAGGAGCUCAGGCUUAG